AACCUCUCUUUAUACGUACAUAUGUAAUGUACCUACAAGUACUUAUUACACCAAUGAAAUUCGUAUUUACAAGACCAACACCAUGCCAUGAGUAGAGAGACAGACAACAACCAGAUUUUUCUUUUUAAAACGCAUGUAGCAAUACAUAUGAUACGACCAACCACUUCUUGACAGGAUGAUGGCUAAUAAAUAAAUUGAAUAAUCCUUUGAAUAAUCCCAUCUCUCCUUUAAAAAUACUCAUUUUCCCAAGAAAUCUAUCAAUAGUCCAAUUUUAAACUGAAAACGAUAAUACUCACCACCACAUUACAUAUGACAAUUAGAUUAGUGUAUUUAAUCAUAUACGGCUGCAUACUAAUGUGGGCCAUGUAAUCUACUUAAACUACAUCAUCAAUUAUCAGUGUGUUUGUUAUAUGAAGAUGACUAUAUGUACAGCCUCGUCCGCUGGAUUACUUGCGAACCAUUUAUUUAACUCUUGUGUACUAAAUUAUUUAUAAAGUGGAACCAAGGACAUCGUUGUCUGACUCCGCCUAAAUAGCUUCAGAACAUUUCGUCUUCCUGAAAAAAGGAAGAAACCCACCAAAGAGAUGAAAAUUUUAGCAUAGAACAUUUCCUACUUUAGUGAAAGUGUGUAAAGUUUACACUGUAAACCAUGUGGGCAAGAGAAACGUGGCUUUCUCCCAAAAGAACCACCGAGUUUUAGGAAGUGAAAGUAAACACCCGGGUAUUUAGACAGUCCCUAAAUAAAUUAAGUUUUAGUUUAGUACCCAUUACAAAAAUAAGGAAGGAUGACCUGUUGUGGGGUGUGCAGCUCGCUCCGAGGGGCCGCCUAUUAUGUAACUUCUGUCCAAAUUUUUAUCGGACUCUACCUCUUUAACAAUUGGGUCGUAAUGUCAGUCAUUAAAGGAUUACAUGCCGACUACUUUGAAGACAGUCGGAAACAAAUCUUGUACCCAAUUUUGCUCGUGUAUAUCACACUUUUCGUCCUCUUGGGCUGCAUCAAUUUCCUCGCAGUGCAAAACGAAUCGGGGAAAGUUAUGCAGUGGACGACACGAUUGUUACUAGUUCUCCAACUUUUAGAACUUGGAUCUCACCUCGUGCUCGGAAUCUAUCUUCCCGACGAGGAAAACGAUGAUGCUGACAUGACCAGGACGUAUCAUUUGCAGAGAUUUAUCGCCUCGUUGGUCGGCUCCUUGAUAUAUUUCGUCGUUCUACUUAAAUACAGCCGAGCCCUCGUCAACGGCACGUAUCCGAGUCGCAAGGAGAAGAAGAACUUUGAGAUUGAGGAUCGCUACUACGACCCUCCAAAAGUCCCUCGUGAAAAUGAAGACAAUAAGAAAAACAAGAACAAAAAGGCCAAAAAGAACAAGCAGGACAAACCCACCAUCGAGAUCGAAGAAUCCGCCACCCUUCGACCCUCCGCUCCCCCGCCGACGCCGGGACCCUCGCAAAACGAGGAGGACUACGAGGACAUCGACUCCGACGGCAAAGAACCCGAAUACAUCGACGCAGAGUGUGACGAGGACGUGUCAAAUAAUCAAAAUAUUUACGUCGCUGGGCCCGAUAAGAAAAAUUUGAGGUUGUAAUUCCACCAGAAGAAUAGUUCAAUGCAAGUUUUGUCGCAUUCCAAAAAAAGAUAACGACUGAGAUGAUGCUAUAACGAUUUUUUGGUUUAAAUUUCUGACAAUGUACUCAGAAUUUUAUGAUUUUGUAACAUAAUCUAGUGCAGUUUUACGAUGUUUGCUGCAUUUUAUUGAUUUAGCGUUAAAGGAGUCGAAAUAUGACUAGGAGGAGAUGACUGAUGUCUAAAAUUGUCAAAAUUAAUUAACAUAUUUUUAAUCAUUUCUCUGUUCUGGGAAUUUAUUUUAAAAUUCUGGACGAAACAUUUAUAGUCGGUGAGUUGAUUGAUGGAAUGGCGUUGAGGUUUUUGAGCCUGUUUCGACGAGUUCCAAUUUUCUCUGAAGGCUUCUUAAACUUGAGAUCUCCUCCUUCAAAAAGUGUCAAAAUCUGGAGUGCACAUUUUUAAAAAUUGGCAACCACUCGCUCUACAAAUUUCUCGUCCAGAAUUUUAAAAUAAAUUCCCAGAGGCGAGAAAUGAUUAAAAAACGAUUCUGAUGAUUUUGGCGAUGAGGCAUCGAGUCCUGGACAUAAAAAUAUUCUGAAUUUUACUGCCUAUAUGUAAAUGUUCAUGUAAUUAAGAAAACGCUUACUUAAAUAAUUCCGAUAUGUUAAGUUAUUGUUAAAAUAUUGUUCAUUUUAUAACUGGAAAAUAUGAAUUGUCCGAAAAUCAAUCCAAUAUGUUUCCAAUAAAAAACCAGUUUUAUAUGAAGGAA